CCAAAAACUACUCCGUUUUCUAAUCUAAACAAGUGUUCGCCUCGAUCUCUCACAACUGCGAUUAGCGGGCCGAAACCACUUGAGACCAGAACUGAUCCUCCGAAGCAGAUUAAACACGUGAAAACAAAUAAAAAUAAACACGUGUGCGCCAAACCAAAUGGGAAUCGGGCCACGCCGUUUCAACCGAAGCAGUGGAAGUCAGUGUCCUCUGCGGCCCUAGCCGACUACUCUGCCACCGUUACUGCCUGCCACCGCUGUUAUUUUCAUUCAGUCUCUUAAGACUUGUAGUGUUACUAAAAUGCCUCGAAGGCCAAGAAGACAUCAACGAUUCAAAUCUUGGCCUAUUACAUUUUCCCCUUUUGGUCGUGCUCUUGCUCGUAUGGGCUCGAUUUCUAUGCCAAAGCGUCGUUCCGAAUCCAUUGAGAACAACACCCCUUCAUCUGCUAGUAAUGGAUUCAUCAAGCAUCCUUUGGAUGAGAAACCAGAAGGGUCCGAGUCAUCAGAUGGAGAGUUUGAUGGAGUUGUCCAAGCAGAUUUUGCCUUUUUUGAUCCUAAACCCAAUGAUUUCCAUGGAGUUAAGACCUUGCUGCAAACUUACCUGGAUGUUGAAGAAUGGGAUUUGAGUGGCUUUGUAGACUUGAUUUUGGAACAAACCACCGUAGGGACUGUUGUGAAGGUAGAGGAUGACGAGGAUGAAGGAGUUUUCGCUCUUGUUACAGCUCUUAAUUUAUGGAGGUAUAGGGAGCAAAGAUGUAUUAUCAAACUCAAGGACUUUCUCCUCGUUAAAGCAUCCCAAGAGAAGGGCAUUGCUGAUCAGUUGAGAUUACUUUUGGGGGAACAAGCACAUAAUGUGGGUCUCCUGGUAUCACAACGCGUGGUGAACCUUCCUCCCCAGCUUUUACCACCUCUUUAUGAUUCUCUUUUUAACGAAGUGUCAUGGGCCACAGAAGAUGAGCCAACGGAGGACCUCAGGAAUUCCUUCCGGUUUAAGCACUACGUAAUACUUAGCAAAAUUUACAAGCACAAGAAUGCAGAACAGAAAAGAAAACUGAGUGAUGAUAGUGUUGAGGAGAUAGUAUAUGUUAAGCCCGAGGAUGAAAUUUUUCAUAAGUUAAGCUUGUGGUCUUUCUGUUUUCCUUUGCGCACCCAGCAGCCUGCACCUCACGAGCUGAAGAAUUACAGGGCAAUGGGAUUAAUCAUGGCUGUUGAGGCAGACAAAAUUCCAUCAUUUCGUCAAGAAUUAGGUUCUUUAAUAAAUGAAACCUGAAGGCAAAUCUUAAUUAACAUUCCUAAACAAUUCAUUAUCAGAAUCUUAGUACUUUUUUUUUACUAAAGAAUCUUAGUACUUCUCUGUAUUUUAACUAUUUUAACUUUUUUUUUCUUUCCUGCAGCUGUUUGAGAUGCCAAAUUUUUUGGGAUUUUUAAAUUAAUUUUUCUGUGGUAUGUUUUGUGUUGCAAUGACAAUUGGGAAGAUAUAUUGAAAGUAGCCUUUCACAAUUGUUAGUUUGUACACU